UUUCCAAAUUAGAAAAGACGAUGGGAUAGAAGGAUGAUAAAAAAUUAGGCCCGGUUUGACCGAUCCGGCCCGCAAACCGUGACUCUCUGUUAGGGUUAGAGAUGGUCGAACAUUGAUCGGGAGGGAGAGAGAGAGAGAGAGAGGGGAAAUGGGGCACUCGCAUAAUCGGCAUAGUGUAGACAGCCAGCAGCAGCACCAUGAAGCGGUGGACGGUUUGCUGAACUUGUUCACCAGGGCCAACCACGACCUCACCCUUGUCCAGCACAAGCUCCAAAUGGAGUUCCAACAUAUCUACCCUGACCACGGUUUGCUUUCGCAGGCAAACCCGAUGAAGCUCGUGUCUCGGAUAAAGAAAGUGCAAGAAGAUUUGGCCUCUUUGAAAGAGCAGUGCCGAGAACUACUCGCAGCCAAACAGGAUUUGAUUGACAAGGCCAGGAUGACUCUAGUUGGGAAUAGAUCUUUACUACAACGUUUGCAAGUAUCUGCUGGUGUUCAUCUAACUAGUGAUGUUGAUGAUCCUGCAUACACAAACUUCAACCAGAUUAUAGAUGAGUGGGCUGUUCAGGUGCGAUCAAGGACAGCGGAUGGGAAGCAGGACUCAAGUUUUGAGGAUAUCAACCAGCUUCUCUUCUCAGCAGUUGUUCAGGGCAACUGAAGAAUCAAAGAAAUCAUGGCAAUCUAUACAAUCAUUAUCGAAUCCUCCAUUAGAACUGUCUUCAAUAGUUUAUGGCUUUGUCUCUUAUUUUCUCUAGACUGAAAACAGAACCUUUCUGUUUGCCUUCUAGCAAGUACAUCUUAUUGAUUUCAGUUCUCGUACCUCAAUGUAAUGCAAGGUUGACUAUGGCAGAUGUGAUGCGUUAAACACAAGGGGUUUGAUUUUUCUGGC